AUGCAUAACUCACCAAAAACUGAAAUAAUAAAAAGCAAUUUUAAUUUUUUUGGGUCAUUUUAUUCCAAGUAUGCAAAAAAAAAAAACAGUCAUAACAACAGAAAUAACAGCAAUAACAGUAGCAACAGCAGUAACAGCAAUACCAGAAAUAAUAGCAAUAACAGCAAUAAUGACAGUUAUAAUAAUGAUCUAACUACGAAUGAGAAAUCAACGGCAAAUGAAAAUUUGCAAAACAGAAAGCACCUUUUUGGAUCGAGUAAAAAAAAAGAUCUCACAAUCUAUGAUAAUGAAUUGUAUGCAGAGAAUGAUGAACAAGACUUAGACUCAAACAGCAACAACAAUAAUAAAAAUAAUAGCAGUAAUAAAAAUAAUAGAAGUAAUAAAAAUAAUAGUAAUAAAAAUAAUAGUAAUAAAAAUAAUAGUAUUAAUAAAAAUAAUAGUAAUAAAAUUAAUAGCAAUAGUAAUAAUAGCAAUAGUAAUAAUAGCAAUAGUAAUAAUAAUCAUAAUGGUAAUAGUAACAGUAACAACAACAGUAAUAGUAACAAUAAUAAUAGCAAUAGAAACUGUUAUAACUGUGUGAAAUUAUUUUAUGACAAUAAUGCACUGUUUGAAAGUGACCUAAAAAAUGGUAGCAGCUUAUUAGAUAAGAACUAUUUUACAUUAUCACGGUCAUCUAUAUUACCAGCAGAGGAAUAUUUAACUUGUUCAAGAAACCAAAAAAUGGAUGAAAGAAUAUACGACAAUGAUGAAUACAUGAAUAAUUUAAAUAACACUUUUCAUGAUACCUCAACGCAAAAUAAAAAUAUAGAUAAUGUUUCUAAUUUACUAGACUCCUUUCAUAAUUUAGAAUAUAAUGAUGAUUAUGACACCUUUGACAUAUUUGGCAUAAAUAAGCCUUUGUCAAAAAAGGAAAAUUUCACAACGUUUGGAGGUAAAGGGGGGGAAUGUACCGUUGAGUAUAAACAAGGGGAGGGAGAAAAGGGAGAAGCAAAAGAAGUGGUAAAAGAGGUGGCAAAGGAAGAGGCAAGAGAAGAAGAAGAUGGAUGGGGAAAAAGAAGAAAAAAAAAAAUAGGUCAGUCUCAAGAGAGAGAAGGAGAAGGGCAGAGAAAUGAAAUGAUAAAAGAUCCAAAAGGAGAGAAAAAAGGAAAGGAAAAACACAUAGAAGGAAAAGAAAAUAUGGAAGAGGAAGAUUUAGAAGGGAAAGAAAAAGUAGAAGAAAAAUUUGGAAAAAAUUUUGGUAAAAAAGAAAAGGAAGAAGGUAAUAUUGAAAAAGCCACAUAUGAUGAAAACAUGUUUUACUAUGAGAAAUUCUUAUUAAAAAAUUUUUUUUCGAAAAUUUCAAAAUUUAUAUCAACUAAUGAUGAAGGAGUAGGAGAGGGUGAGGGAAAGGGAGAAAAGGAAGGGAAAGGGGAAGCAGAAGGAGAAGAACAAAAAGGAAAAGAAAAUGAGGACACAUUUAUAAAUUUCAACAAUCGACAUGAAAGCCUGAAUUCGUACAAUUCUCCUUACGAGAUAAAGGAAUAUUUCGACAGUAAAAUAAUUAGCAGCAAUCGAAACUAUCACAAAAACAGAGACAACUGUGACAGCCACGACAACCAGGGAAAUCAGAAUAUGCGCAACAUUCGAAAGAUGUUAAAAAAUCCUACUGAUAGAUAUAGAAGUAGCGCAAGGGAAAGAUACGACAAAUGGGAAAACUACUCUGUUAUAACAAAUAAAUCCAAAUACGAGGCAAAUGCUAAAUAUAGGAAGAAUGAUUACUUGAUAAAUGGACAACAUGAUAGAGAUGAUAAAAAUGCCCCUCUCCAAAGAAAGAAUAUGCAAAAAGUAAAUAAUAAAAAAUAUCCAGAGGAAAGUAAAAGCGACCAGAACUCUGUUAGAAGCUAUUCAUAUAUGAAAAGUAUAGACAAAACGAAUGAAGAUUCGUUUAGCAAUUUUGGUAUCAAGAAUGUUUUACCAAGGAGCUAUCGAGUUUUACCUAAGGGAGAGGGUUACGGGGGGGUAGGAGUGGACGAUGAUAGGGGGGUUGGUAGAGGUGGCAGAGAUGUUGACAAUGACAGAGAUAUGGGUGAUGGUAUUGGAAAGAUACUGAACAAUGGUAGUCCGAGAGGUAUCCACAGUGUGAACCCAAGGAAGGAUCGAAGAAGGGGAGCUACAAACAGUUCAAAUAAAAGAGAUUAUUAUUUAGACGACCAUAUAAAUGACAAGGAAAAGUUUAGAAAACAUAUGAAAUAUUUUUCAAAUGAUAAUUAUUAUUUAAAUAAUGUAGGUACUUCUGAUAUUUGUCGUAAUAAAGAAUACAUGCAGAAAUGUUAUUCAAUGUUACACACCAUACCAAAAAUGGAAAAAGAAAAUGUAUGUGUUAGUGAUGACAAUUAUGAUAGUAAUAGUGUACCACCAUUAAAGAAAAACAAUUUAGAUAUAGAAAACUCUUUGUUCAAUGAGAAAGAUAUCAUAAGAGGUUGUGCUACUAACAGUUCUGUCAUGUUAUCAAAAAGAAAUUAUUUUCAUAACAAAUUAAAUUAUGACAAUACUGAAUCGUGUAAAAUAGGCAUUAAGAAAGGGAAGAACUGUGUUAAUUAUUCAUUUACAAAAAAUUGUAUUUUUAAUGACGAGUUAAAUAAUACUAUUAAUAAAAGCAGGCAUAAGAGAAGCCCAGAAUGUUCAGAGGAGUUUAUAUAUAAUACUGGAGGAAGUAAACACAGCAACCACUGUAUUAGCGACAUUUACCAUGAUAAUAGUCGUAACAAUAUGAGCGACAAUAAAAUAGGAGGUAGUAAAAUAAAUGGUAGUAUUAACGGAGGGGGUAGUACUGACAGUCCACAUUUAAAUAAUAUUAUGAUUAAAAAGAGAACAUUUAAAAGGAAGUGUGACGAAAUGUGCAAGAUAAGUAAGAAAUAUGACCUUUUCCAUGAUUAUAGCUUAUUUAACAGCGAUAAGCAAAUUUAUGAUUACAAUAAGGAACUAAAUAUAAUGAACGGAAGGAACUCGGAAUGCACGUGUUAUGAUUCGGGAAAUGAUAAGUUAAAGAAAAGUGUUUUUAAGAGCCUAUAUAGGGAAAAAGGUAAUCAUGAGCAUUUAUAUGAAAAUGGGGAUGUUGAUGCGGAUGUUGACGCGGAUGUUGAUGCGGAAGUUGAUGUUGAUGCGGAAGUUGAUGCGGAUGAGGAGAUAAAUGAACAAGUGAAUGAAGAUGUACCAUUUUUAUUUCCAAGUUAUAAUCGCUCUAAUAUUCCAAAAUUUCAAAAAAAUAGAAGAAAAUAUUUUAACAUUUUUAAUAACACUUCCUUUGAUUACAAUAGUGACGACAACUUGGACUACAGUGCGGACUUUAGUCUUAACCACAAUAACGACUAUGAUUGGAAGCAUUUAUUUAAUCGACGUUACAACAAAGAUCGUCGUUACCUGUAUAGCAAUGAAAUGAAGUUAAAGAGAAAUUUUUCGGACUGUAGGAAAAAUAUCGAAGAAGAACACGUACCAGUUAUGCGAAAUUUGGAAAAGACAAAAUUUAAAAAUAUGUCCCAAGGAAAAAACAAUAUUUGGAAUAAAUUUUUUAAAAAAGAGAGCAGAAAUAUUGGGAAAAAUAAUUAUGAAAAUGUUAGAAGAAAGGAUUUUUAUCAAAAUAGCUUAAUGAGUACUUAUUUUGACACAAAAUUAAAAGAUAAUAAUAUAAAUGGGAAAAAAUCAUCAAUUUUAACGGACCACAAUGUGAAUCUCUUCAAGGGUACGUUUAGGUCCUUGCCAAAUAUUAACAGUUUGAAUGAGCACAUUUGGAAUAACAAAUACAGUGGUCACAACGACAGUGCAAAUAACGACAGUGCAAAUAACGACAGUGGUCACAACGACAGUGCAAACAACGACAGUGCAAACAACGACAGUGGUCACAACGACAGUGCAAACAACGACAGUGCAAACAACGACAGUGGUCACAACGACAGUGCAAAUAACUACAGUGCAAAUAACGACAACAGUAAUAAUAAUAACACUGACGCGCAUUACUACCGCAGUAAACACAAAUCCGGGGAAUUGUUUAGCUUAAAGAAUGUGCGCGAUGAUUUCAGUUAUCAUCGCUACAACAACAUUCCGAGUUCUCCCACGGGUAUACCGUCUUCAUCAUCUUCAGCUGCUGCCGUUACCAGAAUGGGAAAUGCUACAAGUGAUUGCCAUAUGAUGAGUAGGCAGAAAGUAAGUGUAUGUAAAAAAAUAGAAAUAGUUAAAAAAAAUGAAGUAAAUUCAAAAAGAAAAUUAAUUGAUCAUUUGCGCACCAAUGUAUUAUUAAACAAAUAUUUCCAGCAGUUUAACAACUCUGUUUUUCAAAAUAAUGAUAAUAAUAUCAGCAACAGUACUGGAAGUAAUAUCGGAAAUAAUAUUAUUAGUCGUACUACCAAUAAUAUGGGCAAUCGUGUUAGCUAUCGUACUACCAAUAACGCGGGAAAUCGUAUUGGCAGUAGUGCAAGCAGUAACGCGAGCAGUAAUGCGAGCAUAAAUAAAGUUUUCAACAAUUACAAUAGUAGCAAUUAUAGUAGUAAAAAUUUUCGUGAGUCACCGUCUAAGUUUUAUGGCUUCGACAAAAUGAGUAAAAUUAGAAAUUUAAAAACGCAAAACGAAAUAAUCAAUUUUCAUGAAGUAGAAAAAAAUAAUUCAACAAUGCUGGGUUUAUUACCAUUGGAAAAAAAAAAUAGAAAAUUUUCGGAUAGGAAUAAUGUGGUCAGUUGGAGGAACUGCAAUAAUAACAAUGGCAUUAUUAGCGGAAAUAUAUGUAACGAUGGUGGAAACAUAUGUAAGGGAAAAAUGAAUGAAAAUAAAUACAUAAUUUACAAAAAAUUAAAUAAUGGAAAUAAAAACAAAAAAUUUAUGAAUAAUAUUAUCGACCUGGAUGAUUUAUAUGGAAAAAAUGGUGCACUUUAUGAACAGUCGUCAGAUUAUGAUAGAAAGAAGGAAAAAAUGAUGAAAAAUAAAAAUGCUAUAUUAAAUUUUUACAACGAAAUAGGAAAUAGGGAUAGAAGUGUUAACCCUAUAUUAUCUUUAGAAAAAAAAAAGGAUGAUCAAAUGGUUAGUUAUAUAAUAGAUGUGGAAAAAGCUUAUGAAAAUAAAUAUUUACUAUAUGAUGACGAUAAUUGCGCUAUAAACAGAAGAAACAAUUUUAAUUUAAACGGUGCUAUGAACAGUAAUAUGCGUAUUACUAUGAACAGUAGUGUAAAAAACAGUGUAAACAAUCAUAUUAAUAGUAGUAUAAACAAAUGUAUAAACAGUUGCGUAAAUAACAAUAUAAAUAGUACUAUUUGUAAUAAUAUAAAUAGUGAUAGCAUUAGCUGCGUGCAUUUGGAAAAGAGGAAAAAUGAAAAAAAAAAAUUUAACGUUGUCCAUGAUUUAAAUAGAGGAGGUAGAGGUGAACAUAUCAUGUAUAAUGACCACAAAAGGAUGAUAGAAAAUUACAAAGAGAGCACUUUUAAAGCGCAUGCGCAAAAUUUAUCAUCAACCUCCCUUAAGUACAAAAAGGUCAAUAAGUUUUACAUUCAAGAAAGGAGGAUGAACAGCAAUAUUGCACAAAGGUGCCCUAAUAAAAAUAUAAAAAAAAGUACUAUGUUUUACAAGUAUGAUAUUCACCAUAGGAAUGAUGUACGUGAUGAUAUAAGCGAUGACGAAAGUUUAAGCGGGAGUAUAAACGCGAGUGAUGACCGAAGCAGUGACGACGGCAGAGAUGGAAAAAAAUGCUUCCCACAAUAUAAGUAUCUUAAGUGUAAUGAUGCACUAGGAAAGAAGAAUACGCAUGGAAAUUUAUUGCAUUGCAGUAAAAAGAAAAUAGAAGAAAUGAGUGAUAAAGAAAAUGAGUAUUAUAUGUAUAAUAAAUAUAAUUUUUCUGCAAAAAAAAAUAAAAAUAACAAAUACAAUUACAGUUAUAAUUACAAUGAUAACACUCUUUGUAAUAAAAAUGAAUUAGAAAAAAUAUCACAAAUUGAAAAUAUUAUAUCCAAAAAAAUGAAAUUGGGAAAAAUAUCAGGAGCGCAAAGAGGGAAUAGUAAGAAGCGUACUACGUCUACUACUAAUAAUAAUAACGACGACGAUGAUGAUAGUAAUAACAAUAUUAAUAACAAUAAUGAUAACAUUAAAAGCUAUAACAGUAAUAGGAAUAGGAAUAAUUAUAAUGGUAAUAACUACAGUAAUAACUAUGGUAAUAACUACGGUAAUAAUCACAGUAAUAACUACAGUAAUAACUACAGUAAUAACUACAGUUGUGAUAACAAUAAUAAUAGUAAUAAUAACAAUGAAGAUGAUGAAAGUGACAUUUAUAACAAUAUUGAAUUUGAUCGAAUUAAAGUACAUAAUAUUCUUGCCGGUACAAUAAACCUAGAAAAUAAAGAUGAGAGUAUAAUUAAUAAUAUACUAGAAUUAGAAAGACGAAAAUAUACUAUCAAUUGUAUUAUGGAAAAAUUAAGAAGAAGAGAAAACGAUAUAGAAUAUAUUAGUGAUAUAGAAAAAGAAAUAAAAAAUAAAAUGAAUGCUAAUAUUUAUGAUUUAUAUUCAGAUAAGACAACAUAUAAUAUAUAUAACACCAAAAUGUGUGUAAACUAUUUCCUUGAGGAGAAAAUGCAUUCCCAGGAAAACAAAGAAUUUAUUAAAAAUUUUUUCGUUGAAAAAAAAAAUACAAAAAAUAUUUAUUUUAUGCAAGUAUUUAAAAAAAACAAAAAUAAAGAUAAAAAAAAUGGAAAGAAGAAAAAUCUUUGUUUUCCAAAUGGGAAAGAUCACACAAAUAAUGGAAUAGAAGAAAAUGCUAGCAGUAAGGAAAAAGCGGAGGAGGAACAAAUCGGCACAGCAAAACAGCAGCAAAAUGGCGGCAAAUCAGAUAGGCAACAAAAUAAUGGUAUAUCAGAGGAGGAAAAGUUAUCAUUAUCAGCUGCUUCCUCAUCCUGUUCCGCCGCGGUUAAUCAGCUCUUGGAGGUGGAAGGGGAAUCAUAUAAGGAAAACACAAUAGUAGGGAAAAAAGAAGCAAAAGAGGCAAAAGAACUGGGAGAAAGCGAAAAAAUUGGUGACACAGAAGAUAUUACUAGUAAUACUCGUGAAGGGAAAGAAAUAGAUGGAGGAAAAUAUAACAGUGAGAACAAAAUGAACUAUUUUAAUUAUAAAAUAAAUUUCAUAAAGCACAAAUUUUAUAUUUUUGAAAAAGACGAAAACAAAAAGGAAGAUAGUAACAACUUAAUUUCGAAUAUAAAUGACCAAGUGGAAAAAAACACAGACGAAAAUCUGGACCUCUUAGUGGAUGACAGUGUUAAUAAUUUUUCCCAAAAUGAAAAAUGCUUAAAGGAGCAAAAUGAAGAAAUAAAGGUAACAUAUACAGGGGAGGAGGAAGCGGAAUGGAAGGGAACAUGUCAGAAGGUCGAACAAGAGAGGAAACAAUUGGGGGAGGAAAUGACGAAUGUACAUAGUAAUCUUGCAAAGAUAGGACAAGGAGGGGUAGGAGAAGGAGUGAGAGAAGGUGGUAGCAAUUAUGAGGAGCUUGACUAUGAAGAUGAACAAUAUAACCUAAUUGAAGAUGUAAUAGGAAUUGAUAAAGAACUAGAUGAGAAGAAAAGGGAUACAGAUCCAAGUUCAGAAUUUGAAGAACAGGAUAUGAAUGAGGAUAUUGUAGAAGCAAAUGGGGGAAAUUUGAAAAUUUUUGGAAAAUUGAGAAAUUUGGAAAAAUUAGAAAAUAUAGAAAAUGAUAAGCAUAAAUUCGUACAUUUCCCUAUGCAAGAACACAUAUAUGCAGUAAGGAAAAAUGAAGAAAGUUAUAUUCAUAUGGGAGAUGAAGAUGAGGAGGAUGACAUUGAUGAAUAUGACGAUGAGGAUGAUGACGAGGAUGAGGAGGAAGAAGAGGAUGAGGAGGAGGAAGAGGAAGACGAAGAAGACGAAGAGAAAAACGAAAACGGAAACAAAAACGAAGAUGAUAAUGAUAAUGAAAAGGAGAUUAAAAUAAACAAAGAGACGGUAAAACAAGAAAUAGUAAAUGUGGAGGGGCAACAAAAUGGUGUUGCCGUUGAUGUUGAGGAAGGGACGAAACCCAAAGAGCAAAAGAAUAUUUUUACUGAAGAAAAACAGUUAACUGUGAAGAAGGAAUGUGAAGAAGGAAAUGAAGAUAACGUUGUAGCAAAAGGGAAAGAAGUUAAAGGUAUAGAAAAUAAUGUAUACAGUUGUAUUGACUGUGAUGAAGUGGAAAUAGAAAAGCAGGAGCAGAAGCAGGAACAGAAACAGAAAAAAAAGAACGGUGAGGACGAUAUGAAAGAAGAAGAUAAAGAACAAAAGAAGAUUGAAGAAGUUAUUGAAAUUUUUGAGGAGGAACAAAAUCAAAAAAAAGGAAAUUUCAAAAUAAAAGUUGAGGACGAAUUUGAAGAAGUAAUCGAAAAGAGGAGUUGCACAAAAUAUAAAGACAAACACACUAAUAGAAUUAAGAAUUAUUACAAUUAUGAAGAUUUAAAAAAGGAGUAUGAAGAAAAGCAAUAUAGUAACAAUACUAAUAAUAAUAGUAGAGGUAGUAUUAUACGCUGUAAAAAAGAAGAGUGUUAUGAAGAAGAUGACGAUAUAGAGGAGGUUUAUAAUAAUUAUAAACAUUUUUUUGAAAAGAAUAAUUUUAAAAAGGAUCUAAUACAUCGAAGUAAUGAUAGAAGUAGUAACAAUAAUAACAAUGGAAAUAGUAACCAGAGUAUCAGUAUUAAUAAUAAUAAUACUUUCUUCACACAGAAGGAAAGCUUCGGUAAAAAUACUACAUGUACGCCUAGCAGCUCGUUGGGAAAUAUUAACGGAAAAAAUAUAUUAAUAAAAGAUAUGCUACAUGAGAAUAAUCAAUAUGUACAUGAUUACUGUGAUAUAGAAGACAGUUUGAAGUACAAAAUGUUAGGACAAAAACAAAAAUAUAGAAUUGAAAAAAUAAAAAAAAAAAUAAAAAAAAACAAAAAGUUAACAAAAGAAGACUUUAAAGUUUUAUCCGAAUUAUUACAUCAUAAAUUUUUACUAAAUGAAAUAAAUGCAAUUGGUAAUUAUCAAGUUAGUUAUAAAAACUAUUUUGAUAUAUUAGAAUUAGAAGAAUAUAAAUUAAGGAAGGAUAUAUUAAAUAUGUAUUGUGAAUGUUUAUCCAUUGGAUUGACAACACAAGAAAAGGAAUUCUUAACUGAGUUUCAACUCCUUAUGCCUGAUGUAAAUAUCAUGGACGACAAAAAUAUAUUGUAUAUUUUGCGACACUCGAAGAAUGAAAAAAAAUGCGUCUUCAAAUAUUUUUUGGAAAAAAAGGAUAAACUGUAA